AUGUAAAUUUUUAGAAAGUUAAAUGUUGACAAUAAUUCUUAAGAGCAUCAUAAAGAUUUUCGAAAUUUGAGCUAGCUUGUAUAAAAAAACAAUUCUCACCUAAAAGGAGUUGGUUUUAUUGAGAGAAAACACAGGUAAGUCAAUACUAAUUCAGAUAAUUUCAGAAAAACAAAAUUAGCAAUUUUUAGAUAACAUAAUCAUGAAGAUGAAAUUAUUGAGAAUGCUAGAAGUCUUACAUAGUAUAACUAAUCUUUUUCUUAGAAUAGUUCACAAUUUAAUUCUCCAUUAACAACGAGAAUUAAUUCCCCUACUUAAUAGUCUGAGGCUGAUUUUUUAGAUUAUUUUGUUCUUGGAUCAAUAGACCAGUCUUAAAAUGAUAAAAGGUCUUAUCACAAAUAGAGCAAAUCAGCAGUAAAUCCAAAAUUAACAUAAAAUUUUGGUACUUCAACAAUUACAGAAUAAUUAUCUUUAGUAACUUAGGAAUAAUUCAAGUUAGUCAAUCAGUCAUCUGGAAAAUUAAACAAGUUUUUUUUAAACUAGAUUGAUCUAAAAAAGGCCUAAUCCCUUCAAAAAGACAUUGAAUAUGCCUAAAUCCUGUAAAAAUCUGCUUAAAUAAGUGGCUAAGUAAAUCACUCUAUUAUCAACAACUAAACUCCUUUGAAAAUGAUGCUCUUUAAAGACUCAGUAGAAUAUUACAAAUUGGAAUGCAAAAACAAACAAUUUCCCCUUCGAAUUCAUUGCUCUGAUCUUACUGCUCCAUUUUUACUUGCUAUUUCUGCAAGAAACAAAUACCCAAAACCUAAUGCUCAUGGUCAUGAAUAUCUAAUAUAAUUUGAUACUUCUGGUAGCAAAAAGCUUGAAUUUUAAUCGCUGCAAAGAUAUAUAAUAAAUCCUAAUCAUGAAACAACUUAAUCUAUCUCAGCACAUUAGAACUCAAAUAGCUUAGAUAAUAAAUUACAAAAUCCAAAUAAAAUUCUUUUCUAAUAAACUAAAACCUAAUGGAUAUACUUUUCCUUCAUUGGUUAAUAAUUCUCAAGUUUUACUAUCACAACUGAAUUCUAAGAUGAUAUCAGCUUUAAAUUUUUUAAUGAAGAAAUGUUUAAACCUCAAAAGCAUAUUCCUUAAAAGUAGGUUAGCAAAAUGAUUUAAGCAAAGAAUGAAAAGUACUUAAGCUUAGCUUAGCUGCAAAAAUUUAAUAAAGAAGCGUUGGAAAUAAUUAGAAGAAGAAAAGAAGAAACUCUAAAAAAAUCAAAUAAUGUUGACAUUGUUGAGCUAAAUAAGUCAAGAGCAAAAUAAUUUUUAAAUUUAGAAUAUGAAAAAUUUUUAAAUAAAGUUAAUAAAGUUCAAGAUAGACAAAUAAAAAAAGUAAAAGAGCAACAAAUAGUGAAAGAGGAAGAAAAGUAAAAUGAAAUCCAGCUAAAAAUAUAAAUUAAAGAAUAUGUUAAGAAGUAAAUGCAAGAAGCUCGAAAAUUAUAAUAUAAAUAGUAACAAUUAAUUCAAUUUAGAAAAAGAUGGAUUUAAUUAAUAACUUUAAAUAAGCUGAUAGUCAAUAUUAUGUAUACAUUAAAAAAAUAUAAAUUAGUUUAAAAAUUUUACAGAAAAGAAAGAUUAUUUGCUAUUAAGAUUGUUGAAUAGCACAAAAAGAAAAUAUAAAUGUAGAACACCAAUCUUUAAGAGAGACUCGUGAUUUAAAUAUAAAACUCUUUGAGAUUAUUUGCUUCAAGUGUUAAAUAAUUUUCAGUUUAAAAAGCUACUGAGAUAGUCAAAUUAACUCUAUUGAACAUAGAAUCUUUUAAAAUAAUCAAUAAAAUAUUCACAAAAUCUUAAAUAUAAUAUGACAAAUGUAAAAGACUUCAAAUAUUUAUCAAAACAUAAUAUAAUUCUGAAAAAGAGAGAGCUAUGAAUCUUUUAUAAACUCUUUUCUAAGAAAUAAGAAUGAAUAAGAAGGUUACUGCUUAAAAAAAUGAAGAAUAGCCAACAUCAUUAUUCAGUCAAUUAAAUCCUGCUCUUGAUCUCUCAUUAGUCUAUUUUUUAUCACAAUUUACUGAAGCUACCAAAAAAAAAAUAUGCCAGUAAUAUAUCACUCUUCGUAAAUAAAUAUUUCGCUAGCAAUAUAAAAAACAUAAUGAGCUUUUAGAAGAUUUUUAGUUCAAAUUGGGUCAAUAUAAAUAAAAAGUUUAAAUGCUAGAAGAAUAUAAGAAUAAUAUGUUACAAAGUCCUUAAUUGGUUUCUAAAAACUGGAGCAAUGUUCGAAAAAUUAGUUUAGCAGUUUCUUUAUUUUCAGGGAAUCAAUCAAAUAAAAAGUAGAUAGAUUUAGAUAAAUCUUAAAUAGAACAGGGUAGUCCAUUUAUAAGAUAGAAAACAAGUUCUUUUGCAAGUUCAUAAAGCUAACUUAAUUCUUCUUUAAUGGAAUAAAGCAGAAUAAAAAAUUUAAACACUCCUAGAAAUUCAUCCAAAAAGAGCAACUCAAAUUCACCACUAUCAAAUAGAAAUUCAAAAGAAAUUUUUAAUUUUAACAACGCUUUUGACAACUAUGAGUCAUCUCAAAUUCAAGCAAAAUAAAUACCUUCACCUCUUUCAAAUAUAAAACACAAGAUGAGUUUAAGAAACUCAUUAUUUUCACCUCAAAAUAAACUCAUGGAAGAAAAAAUUGAAGAGCCAAAAUUCACUUCAAAAAGACCAAAACUAAAUUUGGAAUCCAGAAAAGAAAUGGAAGAUAUUCUUUUAUCAUAUUUAUAACAGCAAAAAGAAAAAAAUAUAUGA